AUGCAGCUCCCCGGGGCAAUUACCAUCUGUUUCUUUUCUUUUUCCUUCCGCUCUUUUUCUUUAUCAUCUCUUAUUCUCUUUACGUUUGAUCCAAAUCUCUCUCUCUCUCUUUCUUUCCCUUAUUCACUUUCUCUUUCCCUCUCAAUUCAUCAUUAUCUAUUCCAUCCCCCCUCUCUUUGUCUCCUUUGCGCCCAUCUUCCUUUAUUUUUCCAUUCUUCCCAACCCUUCCCUCUUCUUUUCUCCGACUCCAUCUCUCUUUCUUCUUUCUUUCCAUCUCUUCUGUUUAUCUCUUCACGCUUUCAUAUUGCUUCUUUUCUUACUCUUAAUUUCUCUCUCUACUUCUUUUGUCCAAAACUUCAAUUAGAGACGUGUUGUUUUUCUCUUACUUUUUCCUGUUCUUGCCUCCCUGUCUUCUUUGGUCUUUUCCUUCCAAGCAAUAUACCUCCUCUCUUCCUACAACGUUUCUUUCUUUUCUUCAUUGUUUCCCCUUUUCCUCCCCCCAUUCACUGUUUUUAUUUUUCUUUCUCAGAAAACAUUUGUUGUUGCCAUGUCUCCUACAUUUUUCUACUGUUUACUCGAUUGUUUAAUUUUGUUUUAAUCGAAAAGAGUUGA